AUGGAUCAUUUCCUGUGUAUAAGGUUUAAUACAUUAAGGAGAUAUUAUCCCGAUGAAUUAAACAUAUCUACAAAUUAUGAUUUUCAUAGUAAUGGGUCUAUUAGUGAUUACUGUCCUAAUGGAGAUUCAGGAAGCAAACAAGAAUGUAAGACUGAGCUCGAUAAAAUAAAUGCUGCAUGUAUAUGGUUAUUUAAUCAAAUUAUUUCUAAUAAGAUUAAUAGUUUAAAUAAAGAACAGGUUAAAAUUAUUGUUACAUACAUUAUGAUAUGGUUAAGUUAUAAACUAAAUAAAAAUCCAGAUGUAGGAAUUACCACGUUAAAUGAGUUUUAUACUAAAUAUAUAAAAAAUCAUACGGAUUCUACUAAUUGUAAAAAAAGUGAUAUAGAUUGUAGUAAUACAUUAAAAGAUAAAACGGGUUAUAAGAAUUUUAAGGAGUUCAUAGAAGGAAACGAAUAUUUUACGAAUAUGGAUAUGAACAUUAUGUCUAAUUUUUAUGAUGCAUUUAAAUUAUUAUGUACCAUGCAUACCGAAUUUAACGAAAACGAGCCAGAUUGCAAUAAUUAUUUAGAAAAGGCUCGAGAAUUUGUUAAAAAAUAUGAAAAACUUAAUGGAAAUUAUAAUAAUAAUGAAUACAGUUCUUAUAUUCAAAUAUUGUCUACUUUAUCAAAUGAUUAUAAGAAUUUUAAAAAUAAAUGUGAAAAUAUUAAAUGUAACGAUAUUCCAUCCCUUCCAGAGAUAGCCAAAAAAAAUUAUGAACAAAGAUCUGAAGUUACAUCAUCAAGUUCGUCGAUAGAAAAAAAAAUUUCUGAACAAAGAUAUGAACAAGAUUCUGAUGUUACAUUAUCAAGUUCGUCGAUAACAAACAAAUUAAUUCCAGUUUUAUCGAUAAUUGUUGCAAUACCAAUAUUCUUGGGAAUUUUUUAUAAGUAUUCGUUAUUUGGAUUUCGGAAACGAACCCAAAAACAACAUAUAAGAGAAAAGCUAAAAAAAUAA